CUAGAAGCCUCCACAGUCCUCCUUACUGUGAGCCUGGUUGACCAAAAGCAGCUUCCAAGAUGUCCCAGCAACACAUUCUGCCGGUGACCCUUCCCCCUUCCCUCAGUCAGGAACCCCUCAAGUCUGCUUCUCCUCCCACUGAUACCCAGCAGGAGCAAGUGAAGCAACCAACUUCACUGCCUGUCUCAUGCCAGAAGGUAUCCUCUGAGUUGCCAAGGGAGGCCCUCUUGGAACAUGGGGAGAAGCACACAACUCCUAUGAAGGGGGUACCUGAGCAAGACUGUGAGCCACAGUCCCAGAAGGGGCAGCAGCAGGAACAGCACCUGGAACAGCAGCAGCAAGAGUCACAGAAGCAGGAACUGCAUCUGGAACCACAUCUGGACCAAAAGCAGCACAGAGAGUCACAGAAGCAGGAAUUACAGCAGCAGAAACAGCACCUGGAACAAAAGCAGCAACAAGACUCACAGGAGCAGGAACUGCACCCAGAACAGCAUCUGAAACAGCUAGAGCGAUGUGAGCAGGAAGUGAAGCAGCAUCAACAGGAACAGCAUGAGGACCAAGCAGCAGAAAACUUGGAGCAGCAGCUGGAGAAGGAUAAAGCACAAAAGGAGCAGCAGCUAAAGGAACAGCUGGAACAGGAGAAGAAAAUCCUGGACCAGCAACUGGAUCAAGAGCUAGCAAAAAGAGAUGAACAAUUAGAAAAGAAAGAAGAGCAGCUAUUAGAGCACCUGGGGCAGGGGCAGCUAGGAGCAACAGAGCAGCAGAAGGGGCAGUUGGAGCAACCCACAUUGGUCCCAGUUCCUGGACAGGUCCAAGAGACCCACCCAGUCCAGCCACUGCAGGGAGAAGUCUUAUUCUCUGCAGAGGAGCAGCAGAAGAAACAGGAGGUGUAGUGGCCCCCCAAACAUAAAUAACCACUCCCAAUGUCCCAGAGGCCCUCAGGCCAUCCCAUACAAAUGUAGAGAAAGCUGAGUCAGUGGCUUCACUUACCUCUCAGCUCUCCCAGUCUGGACGGCCCACCUUAUCUGUGAACUUGCCUAACCCUGUUUUUCUGCAUGUCUUUGUGAUAGUGUGGUGGGGGGUGGUAUUGCCCAGUACUUAUGCCUUAUGACUCUGAUUCCACCGAAUCCCAACCUCAGGUGGCCGGUGCCUCUGCCUGAGGACAGUUACUACAGUAACUCUGACUUCAUCCCCAGUAUUAUAGCUGAAUCUGUAUGUACAAUGAGAUAGA